AUGAGCGCGCCGCCACCGGGCCUGCCAAACGGCCAAAACCCGAAUGGCCUACCAGGACAGCCUGGACAGCCUGGACAGCCUCGUCCUCCUCCGAUCAAGCGACGACCCAAAGGCGAUCCCCUUGUUGCCCGCAAGCGACCCGGAGCUCCACGACCGGCUGCCUCGCGUCCUCCAGGCUCGUUGCAAACAGCCUCAGGUGCUCGACCAUCUCCUGCUGGAACAGGCCACCACGGCCUUCAGCGACCCGAAACCGAAGAGGAUAUCAGAGCGAAGAGAGCGGCAAACGGGGGCUGGCUCGACCCCGCGCCCCAGAAUCUUAGGGAAUUCAAGAUCGUCACGACCAAGAAGGCGUUGAAAGAUGGUGUCAGGCAUCACGUCAUGAAACUCUCUUCCGCCAAGGCCGAGCUCGAAAAGAACGGCAUUGAUCCCACAAAUCAAGAAGAAUUCACCAGGCCCGUCACCCUUCAGCGGCGCGAUCCACGACAACCGCCUCCCGGACGUGAAGUCAAGCACGAAGAAGCCGAGCCACAACCGGUUGAUGAGAAGGAAGCCGAGCGUUUGGCACAACUGAAGGCCGAUCGUGAGGCUGUUCGAGCCGUGGAACUCGCCAAGAGUGCUCCCAGUCUUAAGGACCCUAGUCUUGAUAAAAAGCCCAAGCCGAAGGAGAAGGAAAAGGAUGUCCAGUUCCACCGUCAGCCUCGGUCGGAGAAAGAGAAGAAGCAGCAGGGGCUGCGGUACGAGGAGGCGCUGCCUUGGCACUUGGAGGACGCAGACGGCAAGAAUGUCUGGGUCGGAUCUUAUGUCGCGCCUCUUUCUGAGACCACCGUCUGCUUUGUUGCUACUAGAGAUGGCAAAUUCGCGGCGAUACCUCUGGAAAAGUGGUACAAAUUCACUGCGAAGCCCCACUUCAAUACCAUGAGGCUCGAAGAAGCUGAAGCUUUGAUGAGCAAAAAGACAGACAUUGGUCGAUGGUACAUGCGUGACAAGCAAAAGAAGAGCGAGCAAGAUGAAUGGGAGGCCACCAGACACGCCCUGUAUGGCCCUGCGAGAAUCAAGACGGAGAGCAGCACCUUCAGAGGUUCUUCUCGGGAAGAAAAGCAAGACCAUGACGAGAUUGACAUGGAAGGCGACGAGUUCCAGGACGACGACGAGAAUCCCGGCUUAGACGUGGAUAAUGAUGAAGAUACCAAGGAUGCCACCGAUCGCAUCCGACGCGAUCAAAUGGGCGCCAAUCUGUUUGGCGAGGCCGAUGAGCGCAGAGUAGAAAAGGAGUUGAACGAGAUGAGGAAGGCCGAGGAAGAGCGCCGCAAAGAGGGAAAGCGAACCACCAAGGCUCUCAUCAAGAGAGAAAAGGAGACUAUCUACCAAUCAGAUUCAAGUGGCUACGAUCCCUUUGAGUCCUCAUCGAGCGAAGAUGAUUCCGAUGAGGAAAAGAGGAAGGAAGAGGAGAAGGACAAGGACAAGGAUGAAGAGAACAAGGACAAGGACGGGGACUCGAAGGACAAGACUGCCUCAGGCGUGUCUUCCAAGGGUAACACCACCCCGUCUGGCCGACAGAAACAUACCGAUGCCCUUAAGAAGGGUAAGUCUCUGAAGCGUCCUGGCUCUCCCAACUUGUCCGAAUCUAGUGGCAACGAGUCCUCUCGGAAGAAGCUGAAGAAGCACGCCGCGGCUUCCGUCCAUCAGAGCCGUUCAUCUACGCCUUCGGGUGGCCUGAAGAGCCACCUUAAGGGUGCCAUGAGCGACGGCGAGGCAACUGGAGGAGAGAUGUCAGAUGGCCAGCUGAGGAAGAAGAAGAUCAAGCUCGUUGGUAGCGGAGCAAGAGGCACACCAGUCGGCUCGAGGGCCGGUAGUCCUGUCCCCGCAGCAUCCGGCUCCAAGCCCGGCUCACCGGUUCCCGAGGGAUCACCCGCUCCCCGUGGUCCCAUCCAAGCUCACGAGAUUGUUGACGCCCUUCCCGAGCUCCCUGGCGGUAUCAGCAUUGGUAAUCUCAUGAGGAGGUUCCAGGGACGCAUCGGCGAUGGACCUGGCCAGAUGGAUCGCAAGGAAUGGAUCAAACUCGUCAAGGAGAAUUGUGCCUACGGAUCCGACAAGAUUCUUCGUCGCAGACCUUAG